AUGAGCAAUGCAAACUCAUUUAGACACUGCUCUGUCUUCAUUCAACUUGUCACAUUGGCCCUUUUUGUUUUAUUAGGCUCCGCCCACUUGACGGAACCUUCCGGAGAGUUUGAAGAUGACGUCACAACUACAGUAUCCUCAAUUGCAAGUCCGAUGAGAAGAACGUAUACGAAUGAAUGGGCGAUUAGGAUAGCUGGAGGGAAGGCAGAAGAUGCGGAUCGUUUGGCCAAUAAGUACGGGUACACCAAUUUGGGUCCGAUUAUUCCGGGUGACGAGUUUUAUUUAUUCCGUGACGAUCGAAAAAAGUCUCGAUCGGCGAGAAAAACACGAUCCCUAUCAGCUAAUCAGCUACAACACGAGGAAGAAGUGGUUUGGAUGGAGCAGCAAGUGGCAAAAAGAAGAGUGAAACGUGGAUAUCGACGAAUUCGACGACAUACGGAUGAUAAUGAGAUUAUUGAAGAGGAUGAGGGACGACAAGUCAGCAAGUCCAGAAAUCGCAAACAUCCUGAUCCCAAUGACCCUUUGUGGACCGAUAUGUGGUACUUGAACCGCGGCCAAAAUGACAUGGACUUUACCGCUCGGAUGGAUCACAAUGUAAAAGAGGCGUGGGACCUCGGGUACACUGGAAAAGGAGUAGUGGUAACCAUCCUGGAUGACGGCCUAGAAAGAACACAUCCAGAUAUUUCCCCAAAUUAUGAUGAAAGAGCGUCAUAUGAUGUUAAUGACCGGGAUAAUGAUCCAAUGCCUCGAUAUGAGUUUUCGGAUGAAAAUCGGCAUGGAACAAGAUGUGCUGGAGAGGUGGCCGCAAUUUUCAACAAUAGUUUGUGUAUCGUUGGAAUUGCUUAUAACGCGAAUAUCGGCGGAAUUCGAAUGUUGGAUGGAGAUGUGACCGAUGCGGUUGAAGCGGCAUCUGUUGGACAUAAUGCUGAUUAUAUAGAUAUUUAUAGCGCCUCCUGGGGACCAGAUGACGAUGGUCGUACUGUAGACGGACCCGCUAAACUAACAAGGUCCGCGUUUGAAAAAGGAAUCACAAUGGGACGCAAAGGAAAGGGUUCCAUUUUUGUCUGGGCAUCAGGAAAUGGUGGAAAAGAUGCGGAUUCGUGUAAUUGUGAUGGUUAUACAAACUCAAUUUACACUUUAUCGAUUUCCUCGGCCACCGAGAAUGGCAACAUUCCAUGGUACUCAGAAGCGUGUAGUUCCACACUAGCAACGACGUAUUCUAGUGGAGCCACUGGAGAAAAGAUGAUAGUAACCACUGAUUUACAUCAUGCAUGUACUAAUAUGCACACUGGAACGAGUGCCAGUGCCCCGCUAGCCGCUGGAAUUGUUGCUUUGGCUCUUGAAGCGAAUCCUAAUCUAACAUGGAGGGACCUUCAACAUAUUGUCAUCCGAACUGCAAAACCCAUUAAUCUCCGAGCUGGUGAUUGGACCACAAAUGGGGUUGGAAGGAAUGUGUCCCACUCUUUUGGCUACGGUUUGAUGGAUGCUGGUGCGAUGGUGAAGCUGGCAAAGGUUUGGAAACGAGUCGAUGAACAGCACAGGUGUAGACAGUUCUACCCAAGCAGGUACAAGAACAUUCCAAACGGAAAUCGUCUUCAGCUUCAACUUUACUCUGAUGGAUGCUAUGGAGCUGCUGAAGAGAAUAAAGUGUCGUAUGUGGAACAUGUCCAAGCGAUUGUGACACUGAAAGCUCCGAAACGAGGCGAUCUUCAAAUUUAUUUGACUUCGCCGUCAGGUACCAAAUCCACAUUGCUCACAAAAAGAGCCCGUGACACAUCAAGAAGCGGUUUCACGGAUUGGGCAUUCAUGACGACCCAUAAUUGGGGAGAACAGGCAGCUGGACUAUGGAUUUUGGAAAUCGAUAAUGAUGGAUGGGAUGAUGCCGAGCUAGUAAAAUGGGAAUUAGUGUUAUACGGUACUGAUCGGGAAACCGGCGAUUUCGGAGGUCUUCACACGUCGCCGUUGGCAGUUAGAAGUGUUCAAAUGGAAGCCACGUCAUCUGGAUUCAGCAUACAAAUUUUGAAUUUAUUGAUUUUCCUCAUUUUUAGAUUUAUUUUAUAA